GAAAACAUCUGCAUCAUCAGAAAAACCACAACAUAUCCCACUACUCUACAUUACACUACAAACAUAUACUCCAUAAAAUGUAAAGAUCUAGAGAGAGAGAGAGAGAGAUGAGGAGGGAGAGGGAUUCGCUAGUUCUGGGGCGAGUCAUAGGAGACGUGUUAGAUCAAUUCGAAAGGUCUGUAAACCUAAGUGUAACGUACAACAGAAACAAUGACACGAGCAGCAGCAGCAGCAGUUGCUGCGGUAGGGAAGUGACAAAUGGGUGUGAGCGUAAGCCUUCGCAAGUCGUGAACCAUCCGAGGGUUGACAUUGGCGGCUGUGAUCUUAGGACCUUUUACACUCUUGUUAUGGUGGACCCUGAUGCUCCAAGCCCAAGUGAUCCUAUCCUGAGGGAAUACUUGCACUGGUUGGUGACUGAUAUUCCAGCAACCACAGGAGUAAGCUAUGGACAAGAGAUGGUGUGUUACGAGAGCCCGAGGCCGGCGGUCGGCAUCCAUCGGUUCGUGUUCGUGUUGUUCCGGCAGCUGGGGAGAGAGACGGUGUACGCUCCCGGGUGGCGCCAGAAUUUCAACACGAGGGACUUUGCGGAGCUUUACAAUCUUGGUGACCCUGUUGCUGCCACCUACUUCAACUGCCAAAGGGAGUCCGGCUCCGGAGGUCGAAGACGGCCAUGAUCGUUGGUCGCCGCGUCGUCGAUUUCUCUGCUGCCUGUAUCGAUCCGGUGGCGGAAUCUAAACAUUCUAAUCUAGGGUGCUGAUAUCAAUCUUAAGAAGUUCAACCUGGAAUCUUACUGCGCUAGUGUCUAUAUAGGUGUUGGGCGUUGUGGGUGUGCAAUGUACGUAUAUGUAGAAGUAGUAAUUGCCAAAACCGGGUUUGCCCGGCCUGUAUCGGUGAUUCUAUGCUCCCUAUGGAUAUGUAUCGGUGUAUGGUGUGUGCGGGAUCCAUAAUGAAUAUGAGAGAGUUUGUGUA